UUUGGGCGCCGAAGAGACACCAUUAGUAGAAAACACCCCCGAAUCCACAACAUCAUCCAUCGGUCCGUAAUACAUCAAUUUCGCUCACUAAAGUGACAAGAUGUCACUGGUGGAUCUGGGCAAAAAGCUGCUGGAGGCAGCGCGAUCGGGACAGGACGACGAGGUGCGGAUCCUGAUGGCCAACGGAGCGCCGUUCACCACAGACUGGCUUGGAACGUCCCCCCUGCACCUCUCGGCCCAGUACGGGCAUUACUCCACCACGGAGGUCCUGCUGAGAGCAGGCGUAAGUCGGGACGCCAGGACCAAAGUGGACAGGACCCCUCUACAUAUGGCAGCCUCAGAGGGCCACGCCCGCAUCGUUGAGGUGCUGUUGAAGCAUGGAGCUGAUGUCAAUGCGAAAGACAUGCUGAAAAUGACGGCUCUCCACUGGGCUACGGAACAUGGCCAUCGGGAAGUCGUUGAGCUCCUCAUCAAGUACGGCGCUGAUGUUCACGUCCAGAGCAAAUUUUGCAAAAACGCCUUGGACAUUGCGAUUGACAAUGCCAACGAAGAGCUUGCUGAGAUCCUUCAGGUGUCCAUGCAAAACCAAAUAAACACAAACCCGGAGAGUCCAGACACAGUGACGAUACACACAGCAACGCCGCAGUUUAUCAUCGGGCCUGGAGGCGUGGUGAACUUAGCAGGCCUGGUUUCCGGAAAUUCCUCCAAAUCAGCAGAUGAGGCGGGUCUGUCAGCAUUACAGUUUGGCAACUCCUCAACAUCAGUUUUAGCUACAUUAGCCGCUAUAGCAGAAGCAUCUGCCCCUUUAACCAAUUCAUCUGAGACACCAGUUGUAGCCACAGAAGAGGUGGUAACAGCAGACUCAGUGGAUGGUGCCAUUCAGCAGGUAGUCAGCUCAGGGGGUCAGCAGGUCAUCACUAUAGUUACAGAUGGCAUCCAGUUGGGCAACCUACAAACUGCCGGCGGCAUCGGCCAGCCCAUCAUUGUCACCAUGCCAGACGGCCAGCAAGUUUUAACAGUGCCCGCCACAGAUAUUGCAGAGGAAACUGUGAUCAGUGAAGAGCCAAUGGUGAAGAGGCAACGCAUAGAGAUUAUAGAAAAUCAUGUAGACAGCGCAGAAAUUGAGGAGAAGGAGACCCUACAGAAACAGUUAGAGGAGGCCAACCGGGAAGCCCAGAAAUACAGACAGCAGCUGCUAAAGAAGGAGCAGGAGGCAGAGGCUUACAGACAGAAACUGGAGGCCAUCACCCGUCACCAGAGCAGCAAAAAAACCGCGUGAGCCCUCUGUCCUAAAGAACUCAAGAGGGAUUCUCCUGGAUGAAUGUCCUCCAAAAUAUGUCAGAGAGAGAGAGACCCCUGCUGUAGCAGCUCACCAGCAUGCUUGAUAUCUGCAGUCGGGCAUCGUGGUCUCUCUGGGAAAAGUAGAACGGACUGGAGAAGAUUGGCUUUUUAUCACGAAAGCUUAAAGAAAACUCUCGCCCGAAGAGACGGACAUGCUUCCGUCCAGUUUGUAAACACUUCUUACGGAUGCUCCUCUGUACAUAGUUGCAGGCUAAUUGAAGGCCUCCGCUUCCUUUUACAUUUUACAGUAUGUUGUUUUUGACACACGGUACAACACAAAGCCUGGCUUUAGCGCUGCACUUCCACUUCAGUGAAGCUGAAAUUUUCUUGCAUUUAACUUUUUUUUUUACAUGAGAAAAAAGCAAGACAUCGUCUUUAAAUUGUGGCAUUUAAAAAACAAAACAAAAAAAAAAACAUUUUUACAUGUACUGAUUAUGAAAGGGAAUUAUGUAGCUAGUAGAAAGGAGGGAAGAUGCAGCUAGUAGUUUAUGAUGUACUCUAAACACUACCUAAAGAGGCUGUGAUUCUUUUUUAUUUGUCUUUAUCUGAUGAAGAUAUCUGGCCCUUUUAUCAUGAGCAGUGUGAAUAACAGCCGAUUCCUCCAAGCGAAUGCAAAGUCUCUCAUGGCAAUUAUUGCCGUAGUAACUCUUUUGCCCUCUGUGGGAGGGUUUCACCUACUAAGAAAACCCCAUGACUAUUAGGUUUAUGAGAGGAUGUAAACGAAGAUUUCUUUCUGUGCUGUCAGGUUCGCUCUCUUUUCUCCCUGUCUGUCCCGCGUUACUGUCUUGUCUUUUCAUACAGUUCGAGUGUAUUUUGAAGGAUGAAUAUAGACAUGUAUGUAUUUUAUUCAUGUAUUCAUGUAUUGACUCCAAAAAAGGGCACAUUUAUUACAAUUAACACACUUUAAUCCAGUUCCCUAUCCAAGAGGGUGUUUUUAUAUGUGUAUAUAUUUAGUUAUUC